UAUUUGUAUUAUAUCUAUUUAUCCUCAAUGAUACCAGGCGCUUUUGACUUAUGAUAACUUAUAAAAUAAUAUAAGUUAAAAUAAUAAAUAAUAAAAUAAUAAUCGCGCUAAAAAUCAAUUACAAAAUAAAUAAAUUAAAACUAGUAGCCAAAUUCACUAUCUCUUGCGUGGUGCAUGGUUCAUGACAACUGCGAGUAAAACAUUAGUACAACAUAAAAAUGCGUGCACCCUUAAAAGAAGUUUAAACUAGGGACUAGAGGGAAAAAAACGCAGAAACCGAAUGCUAAUUGCUUCAGAGUUACAGUCGUAUUAUGACUAACUAGUCUUUUUCCCAAAUGCACCUCCUAAAGCACAGUUUGCUCGUUUAACACUAGAGGGCAUCACUGUACAAUUCCUCGUGAGCUUUCGUCGUUUUCCAGAGAGCACAGCAGCCCAUGAAGUUUUUAUGCUGUUGUCAAAAUGAAUCUCUUUACGCACGCAUUUGUACGUUUGAGCUGGGACGACAAAUCUGUCCUAAAAUGUUGGUUAAAAGCCUUUAUGUUCGGCAUACUCGCUUCCAUUACGUGGAUAUAAACGGGGUGAAGAGUCAGUGCAGAAGGGAAGAGGAUGCUGGCCUCAGUUAUGUUUAGUUAAUUGGUUAAUUACAGUGUUAGUGAAAGAGUCGUGUAGCCUGUGGCUGUCGAGUACGUCCACUGCUGUAUAUCACUUUCAACGUGCAGACAGGGACACGAGUCGUCUUGACGUUUGAGAUGCGGGUGAGGAAGCUGGGAGGAACUUUGCAAUCUUUGAAGCAUCCACCAGUUUUCCUUCUGCAGCGAUGGCCCGCCAUUCUUUGGAUUCCCAGAAGCUUGCCAUUACAAAGUGGCACUGAAAAACACUUUGCGACAGUUUCCUCUGUGCUUCGUAUAAACAUACCAAAGUUAAUCAAUUAUUUGAGGACGCUGAAGGGAAAUCGCUGACCUCCGCCGUGAACUUUUGUUUCGAAGCCAAAUUCGAUCAGAGGACCCCUGGCUGCACCGGGGCGAGCUCGUUUGUCGUUUAUCCGGGGGGACGUCUGAAAAGCUGCGGCUUCGAGUGCCUUUCCGCUGCACGCUUGGCGAUUCUUCUGACUGAUUGAAAAAAUUCAACAAUCUGCGCUUCUGACGCGCAGAGAGCGAGAAAUGAUAGUCUGGGGGGCAGGGGGUGUCUCUCGGGACAUGCGAAGUUUUCUCAUGGCUGGAGGGAGGGACCAGGGAAGGGCCUGCUAAAUUCGUACUAGGCCGUUCGCCGAUGAGAGAUUCUCAGUCAUCUUGCAGAAAUUCCCAGGCCCCAACGUCCCCUUUUAUCAGAGCCCCGCCAGUCCUCGGGAAACAGCCUGUCCUGCCAUGGGAAGAUCAGGCCGGUUAAACCUCAGCUGAAGGGAAAAAUCAGCCCCCGACACCUGCUGCUGGGGGGAACUCGACGUUCUCCCCAGAAGUGUGGCAUCCCGGCAGGAAGUGGAUAAUGUCUAAACAUGGUGCACGGAGAGCGCAUUUACACCAGAUUGGUUGCGGUGCGAAUCGUCUCCCGACGUGAUUCCGGACUGUAAAAGAACUCGAAUGGGUUCCUAGUCUGGCUACGCUUCACUGUAUUGGAGCUGAUUCCCAAGUUCGCUCUCUCCCCCUCAAGAGAUACAGCCCGUGUGGAAACGCGUGGAGGAUUUAUUCUCCUUUCUAGCGCAGUCACAUCUGGAAGCAGUCAGGGAGUCUACAGGGGAGGGGGUUUGGUCGUCAGAUCAUUGCAGAGAGGCUGGUGGUGUGCGCUCUCUCUCCGCAGGGCCACAGACUGACUACUCCCCUUUCUCUCCAAUAUGGACUGGACGCGGCCGAUUCUGCACUCUAUUUCCUAACGAGGCGCGACGCAAACUACGCCUGUUGUGGAACAUCUCGGAUGGAGUCGAUCACACGCGAAGAUUGAAGCCCGUGAGAUCUGGAAUAUACACACCUUUUUACCUUUCGCUGCGCUUUCUGAAACGGUCUCUGAAACCUACGCCCGCUUUUCCUGCGCUUCUCCCGGCUCUUGCAGCAUCCUUUUCGAACCGUUCGCGAGCGAAACGCGCCCGAUUCGAUUAUCGAUUAUCAGCAAGCGGCGCUGGUAUCAUGUUUCUUAGGUAGGGCCCGGAUGUUCCAAAGAUGCACUGGUUCGUUUUCUUAGGUGGUUCCUGCGAUUAUCCUUUCCUGAUCUUUAGCUCCAUAAUGGGGAUCAGCUGGACCACAUAUAUGGUAAAUGAAAGCAAAAACAUGUACAUACCGGAGGACACCCUUGAAAACCAUCAAGGCUCCAACUAUUCCAGUCCGUCGUUGGCUCCAGUCCCCAGUCUGAAUGAGGACGAGCGUGUGGGGGGCGGGGGUGGGGUGCUGGGUCUUGCACCUGAACACAUUCCCACCCCUGGCGCCCCCCUCAGCUGGCAGGCAGCCAUCGACGCGGCACGGCAGGCCAAGCUGAUGGGCACCACCGGAGCCCCGAUCUCCACUGCGAGCUCCACGCAGCGCAAACGCCAGCACUACACCAAACCCAAGAAACAGGCCAGCACUGCCUCCACGCGCCCUCCCCGAGCCCUUCUCUGCCUCACUCUUAAAAACCCCAUCCGCAGGGCGUGCAUCAGUAUCGUGGAAUGGAAACCGUUUGAAAUCAUAAUUUUGAUGACUAUUUUUGCAAACUGUGUGGCCUUAGCUGUCUACAUCCCUUUCCCUGAGGAUGAUUCCAACGCAACCAACUCAAACCUGGAACGGGUGGAGUAUCUCUUUCUGAUCAUUUUUACGGUGGAAGCAUUUCUGAAAGUUAUUGCGUACGGGCUGCUGUGUCACCCUAAUGCGUACCUGCGGAACGGCUGGAACUUGCUGGAUUUCAUCAUCGUGGUGGUUGGGCUCUUCAGUGCAAUAUUAGAGCAGGCCACUAAAGGGGAUGGUGGGACUUCAAUGGGAGGCAAGGCUGCAGGGUUUGAUGUAAAAGCCCUACGGGCCUUUAGAGUGUUGAGACCUCUGAGACUCGUAUCUGGAGUACCUAGUUUACAGGUGGUGCUGAACUCCAUCAUUAAAGCCAUGGUUCCCCUCCUGCACAUCGCUCUGCUCGUUCUGUUCGUCAUCAUCAUUUAUGCCAUCAUCGGCCUCGAGCUCUUCAUGGGCAAGAUGCACAGAACCUGUUUUUUCUUCAAAGACGGGCACAAAGGUCCUAUAUCUGAAGAAAAGCCGGCCCCCUGCGCCCCAAGCUCUGCCCACGGACGACAUUGCACCCCGGCCAACGUAACGCAGUGCAUGAUGGGAUGGGAGGGCCCAAAUGAUGGAAUCACGAACUUUGAUAACUUUGCAUUUGCCAUGCUGACUGUGUUUCAAUGCAUCACUAUGGAGGGAUGGACUGAUGUCCUUUACUGGAUGCAGGAUGCCAUGGGUUAUGAGCUUCCGUGGGUCUAUUUUGUCAGUCUGGUCAUCUUUGGAUCCUUUUUCGUUCUAAAUCUGGUUCUUGGUGUAUUGAGCGGAGAGUUCUCUAAAGAGCGAGAAAAGGCCAAAGCUCGCGGAGAUUUCCAGAAGCUCCGUGAGAAGCAGCAGCUGGAGGAGGAUCUAAAGGGCUACCUGGACUGGAUCACGCAGGCGGAGGAUAUCGACCCCGAGAACGACGACGAGGGACUGGACGACGACAAGCCUAGAAACCUGAGUAUGCCGGCCAGUGAAAAUGAGUCAGUGAACACUGAUAAUGCUCCAGCUGGAGACAUGGAGGGAGAGACCUGCUGUACUCGCAUGGCAAAUAGGAUCUCCAAAUCCAAAUUCAGUCGAUAUUCACGCCGAUGGAAUCGGUUAUGUCGGCGCACAUGCCGUGCAGCGGUGAAGUCAAAUGUGUUUUACUGGCUGGUGAUUUUCCUGGUGUUUUUGAACACACUUACCAUUGCCUCCGAGCACCACCAGCAGCCACAGUGGCUCACCAAUGUACAAGAAAUCGCCAAUAAGGUGUUGCUGGCACUUUUUACUGGUGAGAUGCUGCUGAAAAUGUACAGCUUGGGCCUCCAGGCCUAUUUCGUCUCCCUUUUUAACCGCUUUGACAGUUUUGUGGUGUGCGGUGGGAUUCUGGAGACUAUCCUGGUGGAAAUCAAGAUCAUGUCACCCCUCGGCAUCUCUGUGCUGCGCUGUGUGCGUCUGCUCCGCAUCUUCAAGAUCACCAGGUACUGGAACUCUCUCAGUAACCUGGUGGCAUCUCUGCUGAACUCGGUGCGUUCUAUCGCAUCCCUGCUGCUGCUGCUCUUCCUGUUCAUCAUCAUCUUCAGUCUGCUUGGAAUGCAGCUCUUUGGUGGCAAGUUCAACUUUGACGAGACGCGCCGCAGCACCUUUGAUAACUUCCCCCAGUCUCUCCUCACCGUCUUUCAGAUUUUGACCGGAGAGGACUGGAACUCUGUGAUGUAUGAUGGGAUCAUGGCGUACGGGGGACCCUCGUUUCCUGGCAUGCUUGUCUGCAUUUAUUUCAUCAUCCUCUUCAUCUGCGGAAACUACAUCCUCCUGAAUGUCUUCUUGGCCAUCGCCGUGGACAACCUGGCAGACGCCGAGAGUCUGACAUCAGCGCAGAAAGAGGAAGAGGAGGAGAAAGAGAGGAAGAAGCUGGCCAGAACGGCCAGUCCAGAGAAGCGCCAGGACUCGGAGAAACCACCUCUGGAGGAUGAAAAGAAAGAGGAAAAGAUUGAACUAAAAUCCAUCACUUCUGAUGGAGAGACUCCAACUGCCACUAAGAUCAACAUAGAUGAGUACACAGGGGAGGAGAACGAGGAGAAGAAUCCAUAUCCUGUGAACGAUUUCCCAGCAGGAGAGGAGGACGAAGAGGAGCCAGAGAUGCCAGUAGGUCCUCGUCCACGUCCGCUCUCCGACAUUCAGCUGAAAGAGAAAGCCGUCCCAAUGCCAGAAGCCAAAGCUUUCUUUGUUUUCAGCCCCACUAACAAGUUCAGGGUUUUGUGUCAUAAGAUUGUAAACCACAACAUUUUCACCAAUUUAAUCCUGUUCUUUAUACUGCUGAGCAGUAUUUCACUGGCAGCGGAAGACCCAGUGAAUAAUGACUCAUUCAGGAAUCAGAUUCUAGGCUAUGCAGAUUAUGUGUUUACAGGAAUCUUCACCAUAGAGAUCAUAUUAAAGAUGACAGCGUAUGGAGCAUUCCUACAUAAGGGUUCAUUUUGUCGGAAUUAUUUUAAUAUUUUGGAUCUGGUGGUGGUCAGUGUGUCUCUGAUCUCCUCUGGAAUUCAGUCAAGUGCCAUUAAUGUAGUGAAGAUUCUCAGAGUGCUGAGGGUGUUGAGGCCCCUGAGAGCAAUCAACAGAGCCAAGGGCCUCAAACAUGUGGUCCAGUGUGUGUUUGUAGCCAUCCGCACCAUCGGGAACAUCGUCAUCGUCACCACUUUGCUGCAGUUCAUGUUUGCCUGUAUCGGUGUUCAACUUUUCAAGGGCAAAUUCUUCUACUGCACAGACACCUCUAAACAGACACAGGCUGAAUGCCGGGGGUCCUAUAUAUUAUACAAAGAUGGGAAUGUUGGGAAGCCAGAGAAAGCACAGCGUUCAUGGGAGAACAGUGAUUUCAACUUUGAUGAUGUCCUGCAGGGCAUGAUGGCUCUGUUUGCCGUGUCCACCUUUGAGGGUUGGCCAGGGCUCCUCUACAGAGCCAUCGACUCCCACGCGGAGGAUGUUGGCCCAAUCUACAACUACCGCGUCAUCAUCUCUAUAUUCUUCAUCAUCUACAUCAUCAUCAUCGCCUUCUUCAUGAUGAACAUAUUCGUAGGUUUCGUCAUUGUGACGUUUCAGGAGCAGGGAGAGCAAGAGUACAAAAACUGCGAGCUGGAUAAGAACCAGCGUCAGUGCGUGGAAUAUGCCCUGAAGGCCCGUCCCCUGCGCAGGUACAUCCCCAAGAACCCUUAUCAGUACAAGGUGUGGUACGUGGUGAACUCCACCUACUUUGAGUACCUGAUGUUCACCCUCAUCCUUCUCAACACCAUCUGCCUGGCCAUGCAGCAUCAUGGCCAAUCUCAAUCCUUCAGCAAAGCUAUGAAUAUCCUCAAUAUGUUGUUCACCGGCCUCUUCACUGUGGAAAUGAUCCUCAAACUCAUCGCCUUCAAACCCAGGCAUUAUUUUGUUGAUGCAUGGAACACGUUUGAUGCCCUUAUUGUAGUGGGUAGUGUUGUUGAUAUAGCCAUCACAGAGGUUAACCCAGCUGACCCCUCCUCCUCUCCCCCCUCCUCUGUGGUAAGACCAAUGGGCCUCCAAAACACUGAAGAUAACGCCAGGAUCUCAAUCACGUUCUUUCGGCUGUUCCGCGUGAUGAGGCUGGUGAAGCUCCUGUCUCGGGGAGAGGGCAUUCGGACGCUGCUCUGGACCUUCAUUAAAUCCUUUCAGGCUCUUCCCUAUGUUGCUCUGCUGAUCGUAAUGCUGUUCUUCAUCUACGCCGUCAUUGGGAUGCAGAUGUUUGGUAAGAUUGCCCUGAGGGACCACAGCCAGAUCAACCGAAACAACAACUUUCAGACGUUUCCUCAGGCGGUUCUGCUGCUCUUCAGGUGUGCAACAGGGGAGGCGUGGCAGGAAAUCAUGCUGGCCUGCUCUCCAAACCGCCCCUGCGAGAAGGGGUCGGAGGUCAACCAUUUGAGUGAAGACUGCGGCAGUCACUUUGCCAUCUUCUACUUUGUUAGCUUUUAUAUGCUUUGCGCCUUCCUGAUCAUUAACCUCUUUGUGGCCGUCAUCAUGGACAACUUCGACUAUUUAACACGUGAUUGGUCGAUAUUGGGGCCACAUCACCUGGAUGAGUUUAAGAGGAUAUGGGCAGAAUACGAUCCUGAGGCCAAGGGUCGGAUAAAGCACCUGGAUGUGGUGACGUUACUGCGCAGGAUUCAGCCUCCCCUUGGAUUUGGAAAGCUUUGUCCACAUAGAGUGGCAUGCAAGCGACUUGUGUCCAUGAACAUGCCUCUCAAUAGUGACGGGACGGUGAUGUUCAACGCAACUCUCUUCGCUCUGGUACGAACGGCUCUACGCAUCAAAACCGAAGGUAACUUGGAGCAAGCAAACGAGGAACUCAGGGCCAUCGUGAAGAAGAUCUGGAAGAGGACGAGCAUGAAGUUGCUGGAUCAAGUUGUGCCCCCUGCUGGAGAUGAUGAAGUAACCGUUGGGAAGUUCUAUGCCACAUUCCUGAUUCAGGAAUACUUCAGGAAAUUUAAGAAACGCAAGGAACAGGGCCUGGUGGCCAAAAUUCCCCCAAAGACUGCUCUUUCACUGCAGGCUGGCCUGCGUACGCUGCAUGAUAUGGGUCCCGAGAUCAGAAGAGCGAUAUCAGGAGACCUGACUGUGGAGGAGGAGCUGGAGAGAGCCAUGAAGGAAACCGUGUGUGCUGCUUCUGAGGAUGAUAUCUUCAGGGUAAAGCGGUCUGGCGGGCUUUUCGGUAACCACGUCAACUACUAUCAUCAGAGCGACGGCCACGCCUCCUUCCCACAGUCCUUCACAACACAGCGGCCGUUGCACAUCAGUAAAUCCGGGAGUCCCGGCGAGGCAGAAUCUCCCUCUCAUCAGAAGCUGGUCGACUCCACCUUCACUCCGAGCAGUUACUCUUCCUCAGGAUCCAACGCAAACAUCAACAACGCCAACAACACAGCCAUCGGACACCGCUACCCCAAACCUACCGUCAGCACAGUGGACGGACACACGGGGCCGCCCCUCACCACCGUCCCACUACCACGGCCCACAUGGUGCUUUCCUAACAAGAGGAGCUGUUUCUAUGACACUUUCAUGCGCUCUGAUUCCAGUGACAGUCGUCUCCCUAUAAUACGACGAGAGGAAGCCUCUACAGAUGAGACGUACGAUGAAACGUUUCUAGAUGAGAGAGAUCAGACCAUGCUCUCAAUGGACAUGCUGGAAUUUCAGGAUGAGGAGAGCAAGCAACUGGCUCCGAUGGUGGAGGCGGAUGUAGGGGAGGAGAGGAGGCCGUGGCAGUCUCCACGAAGACGGGCCUUUCUCUGCCCCACUGCACUGGGCCGCCGGUCUUCCUUUCACUUGGAGUGUCUGAGAAAACAUAACAGACCUGAUGUUUCUCAGAAAACAGCACUACCACUGCACCUAGUGCAUCAUCAGGCUCUUGCUGUGGCGGGGUUGAGUCCCUUGCUGAGAAGGAGUCAUUCUCCGACGCUGUUCACGCGUCUGUGCUCCACGCCUCCCGCGAGUCCCAGCGGCCGCGGCGGGGGAGGGCCGUGCUACCAGCCCGUUCCAUCUCUGCGGCUGGAGGGCAGCGGAUCUUACGAGAAACUCAACAGCAGCAUGCCGUCUGUGAACUGCAGCUCGUGGUACAGCGACAGCAACGGCAACCACAGCCGGAGCGUGCAGAGGACGCAGCGACCCGUGUCCCUCACGGUUCCUCCGGUCACACGCAGAGACUCCACAUCCCUGUCACACGGGAGCGCCGGCAGCCUCGUGGAGGCCGUGUUGAUAUCCGAGGGUUUGGGUCGCUAUGCACAGGAUCCCUCCUUCAUCCAGGUAGCGAAGCAGGAACUAGCGGACGCCUGCGACAUGACCAUGGAGGAGAUGGAGAACGCCGCCGACAACAUUCUCAACGCCAACGCGCCGCCCAACGCCAACGGAAACCUGCUACCCUUCAUACAGUGCAGAGACACUGGCUCGCAGGAGUCCCGUUGCAGCCACGCGCUGGGCCUCUCGACCGCCUCGGGCUCCGACGAGCUGCUGGGGGCGGAGCUUGAGCGCUCCGAGGGGGCGGGGCAGCGGAACAGCACUCUGAUGGAGGACGAGGACAUGGAGUGCGUGACCAGUUUGUAGGGGGAACAGCAGCAGCAACGGAGGACUUCCUGUGUCUUAGCCCAGCUCUCUCUGAGGACACUGCUGUCCUGCAGUCUGACCCGUCUGUUGCGUGUACCUACCGUAGGGGUAUAAGGCCAUUCUGCUUAGCUGAGACCGAGUUGGUUUUUUUAGUUCGUCCGUGUGUUUGCGAGAGCACGAGCGAGUAGGCGUGUGUACAUGUUUGUGUGUGCGUGUUUCUAAAGUGCCUCACAGUUCUCACAACCUUGAUUGCAGUAAGGAAACGAAACCCUGACCGAGCAGGGAAUGAAGGGAGUUUGCGCUGACCUGUGUGUGGCGGUAGGACUCGACGGCCCGGGGCAUCGGCGAGGACGCUCGUGCCGAGCAGGUGGAUCUCGAGGGCCGCGUUGGGAAUUUACCGUCCGGGGGGUUCGAGAGAUUGGACACAUUGGAGCGGCUCUCUCUUUCCCUUCCAUUUAUCCAUCCCUCCGUUGAUCAGGAGAAGCGUCGUCUGCAAGCGCCCGCACGUCAUCCUUCUCCUUUUUUGUGUUCAGUUGAUGAUUUUUGCUGCUUGUUUUAUUUUAUUUUUUUCCCCGAUUUGAUUUCUCUAGUUAAGCCUGCACAUAGCUUUUCCUUUUAUCAGCGGAAGACUGAACUCUCUGAAUUGCUCUCUUUCUUGUGUACCGUUACGGCUUCCAGCUGUGUAAGGUACGGGUCAUUGCAUCAGUGGCCUUUUAUCCCAGAUCUGCUUCAGGUUUCAUUUAGUUUAUUUUUUUUUCGUUUUUUUAUUUUUUAUUUCAGCAUUUAGUGUUUAUAAUGUUGUUUGCACACAAGAUGGAUGCUGUUUUUUUUCUUAAAUUAUUAUUAUUAUUAUUAUUAUUAUUGAAGGCGUUUAAGAUGUUUAUGCCAGAUGCAGUGUUGUGAAUCUAAUGCCUCUUACAGACACACACAAGAAAAAACAAAUUAUUUAUUUAUUUAUUCCUGUCAGAGGUGAAGCGCGUUCCGCUGGGGGUCGGGUCUCUCUCUCGAUGUUUAUUGGUAGCUCACAAGCUGUAAAUGAGCAGUGUCACUCACCUGGGCGCAGGUAGCACUGACAGGUCUCAUGGCUGCUGUUGGAUCGGACUCGCAUUUGCUCUGAAACUACUGACGUUUCUUCACUGCUGAUCUCCAGAAACAUUCAGCCGACAGCUGCGAUCCGGUCACGAUCCCACCUGCUCGACACAGGAAACAGCAGAUCUUCGGGAAGGUCAGUAACGGUGCACUUUGAGAAGAGGAAGGGUGGAGUAUUCAGGGAUGUCUGGGUAGCGCAUCAUUAAAAAAAACAAACAAACAAACAAACUCUAAUGUAGUUCACACAGGGCUAAAUAUAUGACCAUCAUUAUGAAAGUACCAACAUCAGCAGUGUCAUCAUCAUACAAUGUUAUUGAUUGCUAUUAUUAUUAUUACUCUUAUUGUUAAGGAUAUUUUUCUGCUGCGUUUAACACUGUUUCCAUGCAGUUCGGCAGACACACAGAGAACUACUUAUCGAUCUAUUAUGCAAAUAAGGUGUUGAAGCGUUGUGUUGGUAAUGUGUCGACGGGGAUGGAGUGCAUCCCUCAAACACGUGCGCUGAUGAGAAACCUGACCAAUCCACUUCCAGGCGUCUCUCUGUUCGUGCCACACCAGACCGGGUUAGAAGUUCUGUCACCGUUUUGCACACUACUUCAGACGAUAUGAAUUUCUCUUUCCAUGUAUGAUAAUAGAUAACUGACUAUUUUUGUCUAGCUGACUCCUCACUUUCUACAGAGCGUCCUGGCGUUUGGUCCCAGGGCCUCGAACAUCGCAUUCGAUCUCAGUCUCCGGUCCUGUGCCAUUUUUUUUGUUGUUUUCGGGGUUUUUUUUUUGGUCGAUUGAGUUCGUGAAUGUUUACAGGAGGUCUCUGCUCUGCAAAGCUUGUGAAAAAAAAAAAACGAAACAAAAAAACGUGACAAAUGUAGCCAGAACCCACCUGCUCUGUUCCAAAGCCGCCACCACACCCUCAUAUCUCCUACACACACGUGCCAUACGUCAUUGUGAGGCUGCCCCAGGCAUAUUUCGAGGCCUUGGUUGUGUACGUGUGCGAGUUUCUCCGUGUUUAGCAUAUGCAGAGCGCGGAAACGAGCGCGUUUGUGUGGUGUUCGUGUUAGUAUAUGCAGGAUGAGUGAGUGCGUGAGUGCAUGCGUAUGUGCUUGCAUACCACAAGAUAUGCAAAAACAAUGCAAUAACUUUGACUGUACAACAGUUUCCUUCAGAACUACAGCUGUACAAAAAUCUAAGAUACGGAGAGAAAUAUAUUCACUGUCGUGUAUUAAGUUACAGAACUUUAAAUUGAAGAAACCUGUCAUACUUGAAAUCGGGUGCAUUUGAGUAUUGAGUAUUUUGAAAUAAUCUUGUGCGGGUCAGUUUGGUUCGAUGUUUUUCUUCUGUUGGUUUCAAUUAUCUCUGCAUGAGGAUUCUUUUGGUGUGCCAAGCGUUUUUUGAGUAGUUUUUUUGUUGUUGUUUUCAUUUUGAAACACUGAGGAAACACUGAUGACGAGGAGCGAAGGUGUAAAUACAGACGGAGGAGAGAAGCGUCUCGUUGGUGUGAAAAUGAUUUUGCAUAUCUUGUGCUCAGCUGAAAGGUGCAUGAUACGCAAGAGCAGCUCUCUCUCUUUCACUCUCGCUUCCCCCCCUUUAUCUUUUCAUUCGCUCACCCUCCUUGUCCUUUCUUCGGCAGACAUCACAGCGAAGGCGUUUUAUUACGGCACCCGUGCGCCGCUGAACUGGCUCACUUUAAGUAGUUGGUCAUGCACAUCGAUUCUCGCUAUUAUUUGAGGCUGCAAGCGGAAAUAGUAGAAAUCCCCUUUCAUUUCUCAAGUCUCAUGGACAAUCUGCGUUCGGCGAGGAGAUUUAGGUUGGAAAUAAUGGAUCUGGAUGCUAAGCUUGAAUCAAUUUUGUUUUGUUCUCGUUUGCAUGGAGUCUAAAGGAUGGAGUCCUCCUCUCCCUUCAUUAGCCGAUGAUUGUAUAUUUUUAUAGACUUAUAGAAAAGAAUUAACACGUGAGAAGAGACGAUAUAAACUCAUCUAUAUCUGCUGAAUGUCAGGGUUAAAAUGGCUACACACAACCGUGUUUGAGAAUGUAUGUAGUGACUACGUAUAGAUAGAAAUAAAAUUUAUGAUAGAGAAAUAUAGAGUAAAUCAUUCGUAUUCACCGCAGUAGCUCCUUUUGAACCUCUGCUCGUCCGGCCUGUUUUUAAGCAGGAUGCUUAAGGGGGGGUUUUUUGCUGAGGGAGGAGUGCAAUGAGAUUAAUCGUGUGAUUUUGAACCCGAGGGCUUUUUCCACAGCUGCUUUAUUCAGAUCAACACAUCCCGUUCCCCUCCGAGCACCUGCACACGACAGAACGGCGUGGAAAAGCCACAAGCUUUCGCGACACAGAAGCAGCGCCUGUGUUGAAUGAAACCGCUAAUGAAUGAACACAGAGAGCUGUCUGCUCAGGCCUUGGGGAAAUGUACCAAAUAUUUGACUGAAUAUUUUAUUAGUUGCUCAGUGAGGUUUUUGCCCAAAUGGUUGUAAUGUAGCUUUUCUUCUCUCAGAGAACCAGAAGUUAUUUUCUAUAUUUUAAAAUAUAUGAGAACUAUUUAUCGGAUGGUUUGAGGGAAAGUCGAUGAGGAUGAUAUUUUAGCAGGGGAAGCGUAGGUGGCUUUUUUUGAUCGACCGUGGCUUGUAUUUGAGUUCGCCAUCUGUAGCAGUAGCAUGCACAAGUUUCCCCAAUGAAGAGAAGAAUAUAUUGAAAAAAAACGGUUUGAUGCAUUUAAAUCGUAAAUAUUUUUGGAAAUAUAAACCCCCUAGAAAAGAGUAAGCUAUCCAUAGCAAACGAGCAGCAUUUUUAUAACCACACGAGUUCACGAAACAUUAAACCGUUUUUGUUUGUUUUAUUCGGAUAAACCCAGUAAUGCACGAACGCAAAACGUUAGUGGAUUUAUUAAGACGUCUGUAGUUCAAGCAUCAGCAUUCGGGCUGUCUGGCGUUUUUGGGUUCGUGCUUGUUCGUAUGCCAAUUCUGCAUGUGUCAGACUGAAGGAACGUGCCGUGGGGUUGACCUUUGACCCAGAGAAAGCCUGGACAGGUGCAAUGUCUGCCCUCUGGUUUAACCUUUGUGUAGCACGUAUCUCUAAUGUCCUCCUUUAUAUGACUGUUAAUUUGAUAUUAUAAGUUAAUGUAGUGCGUUAACGAGUUUUAAUGAUAAACUAAAAGCUAAGGUGGUGAUGCAAUAAUCACAAUUUGCACAUUUAAACCACGUUUAGUUGGACACGUCGUACACAUAAUCCAAGUAAAGGAUGAAUUUAUGCAUAGAUUUUAGCUGUCGUGUAUAUAUUGAUUUCGCCCUAAGCUCAAAACGUCGAUCUUGCCAUAGUUUCAUUUCCACAGGUGGGACGAUAAUUAAUGCAGAUCUGCUCUUCGGUGUUUUUCAGUGCACUGAUUGCGUUCAAAUCCCCAGCUGUGUGGGGAAGGGAAAUGCAAGAGCGUUUAUACGAACCAGUUUGAGGUUUUCGAGCGGCAUUUCCCCGCCUCUAGUUCCACCCAGCGAAUGUAGCACUAGAGAAAGAAGAAGAUGGGCGGGACGGUAACGGUUAUAACGAGGAGCUCAAAGAGUUAAUAUUGCACAAAUCUCCAUGUAUGAGUGAACCUUUUAACAACUUAUUCUUUCCCACAUCCUGCUUUCUUUCUGCAGAGGUGGAAGUAACGCUCUUUUUGAUGGCGUCGAGCUCUGGGCUUGAUUUGUCGGGUCUCUCUUUCUGAUGCUCACUCGUCUACGAGCGGUCCGCCGUUCCUUCCGUUAUAGAGGCUGCCUCACGCUCUUUUCCUGUGUUCGUAGGCGAUUCGGUUCACGCUUAACCACUUAAGACUCAAGAAGGGAGGAAUCUUCGAGCGGAUCGUCUCGGUUGCUUUAUUUUGGUCGACCGCACGAGCAGCUUCUAUAGUCUUUGAUUGACUGUGCGGACGGGAAGUGUGGUCUGGAGGCCCUGAGCUGUUUGGUAGAUUAACGAGCCGAAUUAAAAUUAGAUGCGUGUCGUGCUUUUGGUAGAAUUCGAAGGCAUCAGUGCUGACCAUUCAGGUCUCUCACGAAACACCGUCAGAGGUCGUUCACGUUUCGGACUAUUUAAUGGCGUUUAGACCCCAGGUGUUAUUGAAAACUCUGUGAGACGUCUGCAUGGUCUGUCAUUCCCUCCUCUACUUUUGCUGAGACUCUUUUGUUUCAUUUCAUCAUUCUUUCAUUUGUUCAUUUAGAUUUUAAAAAGAAUACGCUACGUAAAUCUGAAGAUUCAAUCACUUUUUCUACUCCUAUUUUCAAAAAAAAAGUGAAACGAAAAAAACCAACAAAAAAUUGGAUUUGUAAAUAAGUGAUUGUACAGUUUGUAUCUGUAUCUGUCAGUCUGUCUUUGGUGACAGAGUGUGUCUUGCUUAUAACGCACGCUACCAGUAAAUAAAAACUAAAAAAUAUCUUUAGAUUGUAUGGUUCUUGACAGGAAGUUUUAAAUUAAUCUCUGCUGUAUAUUCCUGUAAUAUUGCAUUUUUAUCUGAGGAAUGAUGUUAUUAAACAAUUGCAAAUAAAGUGAAUUUCCUAA